UACCAAGCACCCGUCAAUCCUGAUUAUCACAAAUGCGGACCGGGAUGUGUUGUUUUGACGUUUAAGGUGUUAAUAGAGAUUAAAAAGUCUGGUAAUGUCUCUAAAGAAGCACUCGUCCUUUGCAAGUGCAAGGUCACGGUUAUUGCCCAGGAUGAUGGUCAGCACCUGCAACGUGAUGGCCCAGAAGUCUCAGGGUCCAUCCACAAGCGGCGAACUGACCGGUGAGCUGGGCAACAUGCAGUACACAGCAGUGUCCACAAAAAACCACUGCUGCAAGAUGCUGCACGGCCUCCAGGACCUCCGAGCCACGGGAACUCUCUGCGACUACUCACUCAUCGCCGAGGGCAGCACCAUCCGCGUCCACAAGGCCGUCAUGGCUGCCUGCAGCGACUAUUUCCGGGUGAUGUUGACGGGAGACAUGCGGGAGAGCCGCGAGUGCAGCGUGGAGCUGAAGGGUGUCACUUCGGGCGGACUGCAGGUCGUGGUCGACUUCUCGUACACCGGGAAACUCGGGCUCACGGUGGAGAACGUCGAGGAGGUGCUGUCGGCUGCAACACACCUCCAGGUGAGCGACGCCGUCGAGCUGUGCAGUCGGUAUCUCGAGACAACCAUCACUGUCGACAACUGCGUGGAUAUUUUAAAUCUGGCCGAGCUCUACUCACUAACAACAACCUACAUGAAGGCCAGACUGUACAUGCUGGAGAAUUUCGAAAUCGUCGCAAAUUCGGAGCAGUAUUUCAAGUUGACGCAUCUGCAGCUUGCGUCCAUGCUGGCCGAGAAUUGUCUUAAUGUACUCUCGGAAUAUCGGCUGUUUGAGCUGGUGCUUAAGUGGAUCAAAUUCAUGCCGCAAACGAGAAACAAAGUUGUAGCGGAACUCAUGCGCAACAUUCGCCUGCCUCUUUUGUCGGGCGAGGAACUCGUAGAAAAGGUGUCAUGUGUCGACUUGAUGAAGGAGGAUGUGGAAUGCAGCAGUCUCCUGACAGCGGCCAAGGACUACCACAUCGUCGUAAGCAAGCAGCCUCUGCUACAGAGCACCCGCACACAGGUUCGCUCCGACCGCAAGUCUCUCAUUAUGUGCCACGCCCAGAACCUCGAGAGCUACACGUUCAAGACCAAACGGCAGGGCUUCCUCCGCGACGCUACCAUUCCGCUCUACAACCCCUGCAUUGUCGUCGUUGACAACUUUAUGUACGCCUGCGGGGGCAAAUACGACAGCACCGAGAACAACGAGAUCGCCACGGCACGCUGCUUCCGGUACGACCCGCGCUUCGACUUCUGGUACGAACUGCAGUCGAUGAACGAGGCCCGCAAGGACUUCGUGGUGGUUGCCCUCGAUGGGAAGCUGUAUGCGAUCGCGGGCCAGGACGAGAACAUGGUCAUGUGCACGGUCGAGUGCUUCACGAUCGCACAGAACGACUGGGAGAUGCGCGCCUCGCUGAGUCACUCUGUGUACGCACACGCGGGCACCGUGUGCCAGGAGAAGUUCUACAUAUCGGGCGGGCAGCGCUUCUCCGGUUGCUGUAGCAAUCUUGUGUGCUACUCACCCAUCACGGACUCAUGGGAGGAGAAGGCGAGCAUGAUUCACGGACGCUGCAAUCACAUCAUGGAGGAGAUACGCGAAAAGCUGUACGUUGUUGGUGGAAACAUCGAAGACAGUUACGGGUUUCCCGUUCCCAUAAUCGCCAUCGAGCGAUACUGUGCUCUCUCCAACCAGUGGACGAUGUGCGAAAGGACGAUGAAUAUUCGAGAAGCUGGGGCAAGCAAGUUCGAGGACAAGGUAUACAUUGUGGGUGGGAUCAAUGGAGAACACUACUAUUCUGACCUCCUGCAGCAGUACGACCCACUCAAAGAUGACAUAGCGCUGCUCGAGAAAUUCCCCACACGAAUCUACGGAAAGUCUUGCUGUAUUUUAACUUUACCUCAGUAUGUUUGAUGAGCAAAGUAACAUCCAUUUUGCAUGGUGCAAUGUUCAUUUGAAGGAUAGUAGAGUGCUGCUUGAAGAAUUCCCCACACAAAUCUAUUGUAGUCUUGUUCAGUAUGUUUGAUGAGCAAAGCACCAUCCAUUUUGCAUGGUGCAAUGUUCAUUUGAAGGAUGGCAUAUGGCACUGCUUAAAAAAUUCCCCAGAUAAUUCUAUUCAAAGUCCUGCUGUAUUUUAACUUUACCUCAGUACAUUUGAUGAGCAUAGUACUGUAACAUCCAUCUUUCCUGGUGCAUUUGAAGGAUGGCAUAGCACUGUUAGAGAAAUUCCCCACAUGAAUCUACGGAAAGUCUUGCUGUAUUUUAACUUUACCUCAGUAUGUUUGAUGAGCAAAGCAACAUCCAUUUUGUCUGGUGCAAUGGAGACAUUUUUAUUUGAAAGUUGGCAUAGUGUUUGUUAGAAAAAUUCUCCACAUGAGUCUCUGAAAAGUCUUGCUGUAUUUGAACUAAUUUGUGUCGGUAAGUUUAAUGAGCGAAGUACAACUUCCAUUUUGCCUGGUGCAAUGGAGAAAAGUUCAUUAAAGGAUGGCAUAGCGCUGCUUGAAAAGUUCCCAACAUGAAUCUACGGAAAGUCUUUCUGUAUUUUAACUUUACCUCAUGACGUUUGAUGAGUGAAAUACUGUAUGUGUAACUUCCAUUUUGCUGGUGCAAUGGAGACUUGUUCAUCUGAAGGAUGACAUAGCACUGCUUGAUAAAUUCCUGACAUAAAUUCACAGAAAGUUUUUGUACAAAUCUAUUGAAAGUCUUGCUGUAUUUUACCUUUGCGUCAAUCUUUGAUGAGUGAAGUUUCCGUUUUGCCUGGUGCAGUGUGUAUCAUUUGAAGGAAAUGUAGCUGUUUGUAAAAUUUAUCACACAAUUGUGUGGGAAGUCUGAUUGUAUUUUAACUUUGUUUAAUUAAAUAAUGUGUACAUGUAUAUAAUAAGCAAAGCUGCGAAGUAAAUUCUGUUUUGCCUGGUGCAGUGGCAGUGUAUCCUUGUGCAAGAUGACAGAUACAUGUAUGUACCACUGCUGGAAAAAAUCUCUGCACAAAUCUGUACAAACUCAAUUAAGCCCCACCCAACCCCACCCCAUGUUUUCUACCAUAAUUGUCUAACACAAUAUUCUUACUCUUGUCCAGUCUGAAAUAUGACAGAAAAAUUAAAUUAUUGCUAUCUGAAAGAGGAGUGUAUUAAUAAAAAAGAAAAUAUGA